GGAUUAUGUUAAGAGUUAGGGUUAGACGUAGAGCCUAUGAGCCAAACCCAUUUGUAAUUUAAGUUCGUACUUUGUACUACACGUUGUACUACUCUUAACCAAAUAUUAUAUAUUGAGGGAGGCUGGACCUAGCAGUGAAUCCCAUUACAAUGUCCCUUUCUCUCUCUCUCUCUCUCUCUCUCUCUCUCUCUUAGUUCUUUUCUCUGUUUACAACCAUGAUGCAUCAAUUCGCUACUAUAGAGUACCAAAUUAUGCUGGAAAUUGGCACUCUUCACAAAAUCAAAGGCCUUCUUAUUGACCACCUCCUCCAAAAUUUGUUCCAAUCAAUUCUGGAUAUCAGCAUUCACAUCCACCUUCUACUGCACACCAUCAGCCACAGGCCUACCUUACUACACCUGAUUCCAAUGCCUCUCAGGAAUGGUUCAUUAAUUUUGGCGCUACUCAUCAUGUAACUCAUGAUGCUGCCAAACUAUUGGAGAGUGUUCCUCUCACCGAUUCAACUUAGAAUCAAGUCUACACGGGUAAUGGUCAAGGACAAUUCUGAAGUGUUACUUCGUGGUACUCUUGGCUCUGAUGGCUUAUAUUCCUUUCGCUCUUUGCUACGAAACAAUGGCUCUUCUCACGUGACCAGGGAUGCAUCUUUCCCGUUAGUUCAUUGUACCUCUGUCAAUAGUUUGCGUACUCAUAAUAAAGAUUUCCUAUUAUCUAGUUCUUCUAGUUAUACAAUUUGGCACUGUAGACUAGGACAUCCUCACUUUGAGGCAUUAAAGACAGCUCUUAAUCAUUGUAAAAUUUCAUUACCUGAUAAAAUGUCCUCUGAUUUCUGUUCUGCUUGUUGUUUGGGUAAGCACAUCGUCUUCCUUCACACACUUCUACUUCUACUUAUACUAAACCUCAUGAAUUACUGUUCUGCGGUUUGUGUGGACUUGCUCCAAUGCAGUCAUCCUCUGGUUAUAACUACAUAUUAACAUGUCUAGAUGCUUUUUAUCAUUACACUUGGGUCGUUCCUUUAAAAACAAAGUCUGAUACCUAUCAAGCCCUUGUUAAUUUAAAAAAUAGCAGAAUUACUACUUAAGACUAAGCUAAAGUCAAUUCAAACUGACUGGGGUGGAGAGUUGAGGCCACUGUCUAAAUACUUCUUUGACUUAGGAAUCAUUCAUACAAUUAUUUGUUCACAUUCUAAUCACCAAAAUGGUUUAGUUGAGCGUAAACAUUGUCACUUAGUUGAAGCUGGACUUACUCUUGCUCAUGCUCAAUUACCGAUGAAAUAUUGGGACCAUGAUUUUCUCACUACUGUUUCCCUUAU